GGGGCCAGGUGACCUCACGCAAGCCGGACUCGGUGGCCUUAAAAUCCGGCCUCUUCGCAACUGCGAUCCCUACUGCUUCCCAGAUUCGCGAGGCAUUUACUCAGCUGAUAAGGCAAGCUCCCGCCUGAAAUUGAGGGUCCACAGCAGGAAAGAAGAUGCGGGCGCCCAUCCCCGAGCCCAAUCUGGGAGACCUGAUUGAGAUUUUCCGCCCACUCUACAGACACUGGGCCAUCUACGUUGGCGAUGGCUAUGUGAUCCACCUGGCUCCUCCAAGUGAGAUCGCCGGGGCCGGCGCGGCCAGCCUCAUGUCUGCCCUGGCGGACAAGGCCAUAGUGAAGAAGGAACUGCUCUAUCAUGUGGCCGGGAGAGACAGGUACCAUGUCAACAACAAACAUGAUGACAAGUACUCACCGCUGCCUCCCAGCAAAAUCGUCCAGCGGGCGGAGGAGCAGGUGGGGAGGGAGGUGCUCUACAAGCUGACGAGCGACAACUGUGAGCACUUCGUGAACGAGCUGCGCUACGGAGUCGCCCGCAGUGACCAGGUCAGAGACGCUAUCAUGGCGGCCGGCAUCGCUGGAGUGGGCAUGGCAGCCCUGGGCCUCAUUGGAGUCAUGUUCUCAAGAAACAAGCAACAAAAGCAAUGAGUUGAAGGGAGUGUCGUGACAGCAGUGACUCUAUACAUUAAGGAUCUUGUUAGGCUAGUGGUUUUGAGGUUUGGUUUAUGGGUUUCAUUCUGUUUUUAUAAUAAGGCUUAUUUUCACAGAAUUAAAUAAAGCCCAAUAAAGGAGGUUUUUUAUUGGGGAAAAUGUAGCACGAACUGCCUGGUGUGAAGUCCGUUGAGGGCACAGCCCGGCUCUGUCCCUGGUGAUGCCGGAGUGUGCCCUGGCCCUUCGGUGCCUUUCUCUCGCUUUCUCCUUGUGGGCUAUGCUCUUUGCCUUGCAGGUAACAGAGUCCAACUCCUGUCGUGUCAAGUAACGGGCAUUUCUGGCUGCGAGGAUCUCCGUGGGCUGCAGGGGAGGUAGACCUGAUUGAUAUACAAGAACAGGAACCAUGGCAUAGCCAGGACCUUGGCCCGGAACCAGACCCAGGGUGGCUUCUUGAUUCAGCAGCUGGAGUCUGUAGAUGUUCAUUGGAGUUAAAAGGAAACUGAACCCAAACCUUUGCCAUAAGGAAAUUCAGUAUAUGUUCUUGCCAAUCUUAAAACCGGCCUUACUACCAUUCUGUUCUUCACAUCUUUCUGCGGCCGUGUUGCUUCCACACUCACCACCCCCUGCCCCAGGACUAUUGCUCCCUCACCACUUGGGCUGGUGACCACCCCCAAAUCUCUGAUUCCCUCCUGUGUCCCCUUCUUCCUGCAGCAGCUCAGCUCCAUUCCUCCCACUGCCUACUGGGUGUUCCCAGUUCCAGUUCCCAAGAGAGAAUCUAAUUGGCUCAGCUCACCACAUCCCAGCGUGGCCUGCCGAUUGGCUGCCAUUGGGUCAGAUGACCACACUAGGCCAAUCAGCUCUGCCCUGGUGGGGCCGGGUCACAUGGUGCAAGGUAGCCUCACAGCUUCUGCGUUGGGAGUGUGGCAGGCCCCACGCCCAUGCCCGACCUCCCUGCUGCCCAGCCCUCCAGGGAGAGGUUGGGGGAAGGAAUGACCUCCCCUGGCUAGUCCCUUGAGGUCUGCUGCUGCUUUCUGGGCUUGGCAGAUGUUCGACGCGGCCAUUUUUCAGAAAGAGGCUUUUAUGGAUUCUCCAGAAAUACCUUGCUGGGACUGUGAAUAUUUCCUUCAUUAGCCUUGGUGGUCAGGGGCAGGGACCAUCUGUCCGUUGGAAUCCCUGACAGGACUGUCAAGGAAAAGAAAACUGAACCUCUGUGAAUUUAAGAGUUUUACUUAGGACUUGUUGAGGGCUAGCCUUGAAAGAGUGCUCUGACUUGGGGGAAGUGUGAGGGACUUAUAUAGGCAGAAGAGUAAGUGAAAGUACAUUUGAUACUAGAAGUUACAAUUUGGGUACAUAGGCUUCAAUGGUUGUAUUAUAGUAACACCAAAUUGAAAGGACGCACAGAAAAGAUAAGGCUGAGUUGCUGCUGAACCUCCUGGUGUGAAAACCAUCCAAUUACUUUGAGGCUCUUGAGUCUUUGAUCAGGUUAUAGAAAGAACAGACACUCUUCCUGGUAAUCAUCGUCCUUUAUUGUUAAACAUGGUCUAUGUGUGACUAGCCCCCACGGUUGCCGUAGUAAAGAACUGUAGUUAGGCUCAUUGUCCUUUCUUUGUUGCUGAUUUUGUCGGGGGAGUUGAGGUGCCCUUCACUGUCCCCAGGGCUUACAAGUGGCUCCAGGCCAGCUGCCUGCUGCUGGGCCCACAUUGCUCCCGGGUAAACACAUGUUCUUGCCAAUCUUAAAACCAGCCUUACUACCAUUCCGUUCUUCACAUGGUGCAAACCAUGACCCUGUGUUGACAUUAAAAUUGUUCUCUCCCAGAGCAGUUUCCUUUCUUGUCUGAACUCUAUUGUGCAAGCUCCCCAAACCCAAGGGACACAAGCCAGACUCAGAGGGACAGUCUCUUGAAACCCCCUCACCCACAUGGCAAAGGUGCUGGGCACACAUGGAGCGAAACUGCCCACAAUUACAGAAAAAAAAAGGAAUGAGGAAAAAUAAACUCUUACCAAACUAAAGAAAAGUUCAGAUUGUAAUAAAGAAUAAACGCCCUGGCUGGUGUGGUUCAGUGGACUGAGUGCCAGCCUGCAAACAAAGGGUCGCAGGUUUGAUUCCCAGUCAGGGCACAUGCCUGGGUUGCAGGCCAGUUCCCCAUUGGGGGGCGUGUGAGGCAACCGCACAUUGAUGUUUUUUUUCCCUCUCUUCCCCUCUCUCUCUCUAAAAAUAAAUAAAUAAAAUCUUUUUUAAAAAAAGAAAACAUUGAUUUGAGCAAAGGAGGGAUUGUAAUCUGGGGCACAGAUUCGGGUAAUAAUUUAAAUUGCGCUCUGAAGGAAACAGAGAAAAGCAGAAUUAUUUACAAAGGGCAAAACCGUAAGAGCAAUUCCCAUUAAGGUCCUCCGUGAAAAUAGAGGAUGUUUGCUGGGGCACUUGGGAUGGGUUAGGCAUUAUGCAAAUGAGGGAUGCUGGCUGUGGAAAUGGAUUGGUUCCUUUCUAGGCGAAGAAUGCAGAUGGUCCGGUCACCAUGACAAGGAAGUAGGGUCUACGUAUGGCUACGUAGCAGCCAUGGAUCCGGAGAGCUGCUUGUUGGGCCUCGAGCUGAGGUUAGCACAGGUCAGAGCUUACCAGUGAUCCCAAAAGCCGAGACAGGGGCCCCAUUUCCUCUCUGGCCUCUCGACUCCCUCCACAGUGACUUGCAUAGCAAAACUUAUUCCAUUUUAUCUUCUCCAUUCUCAAAACACAAGAAAGCAAAACUGAAACUCCCAGUUCAAUUAAAAAAUAAAUGAACAAAUUACGUACAAAAUGUGGAAUGCAUAUAAAUAACCAAAUAAGAUGGAAGAACGCACUCCCGGUAUAUUGGUAAUCACCAUAAAUACAAAUGAGCUACUCUUGCCAAGUAAAAGACAAACUGUACAUGGGAUACACUUCAAACCUAAGGACACAAAGAUUAAAAUGAAAAGGAUGAGCAUUUUAUAUAACUGGUGUGGUUUUAAAAAAGAUAAUGUUCUCAAGGAGAAAAACGAGGGUGUGUGAAGACUGAGACUGAAAGACACGCCGGAGACAAACCAGCUAAAUGUAAAAAAAGAAACAACCAUAAAAGCAAUUUGGGCUAUUUGGGGAAAUCCGAAUGCAGGCUGGAUGUGGUCGAAAAAGGGGCCGCACACUAAACCCUGACAAGCUCAGGGACCUUGAGUGACCACGUGGGAUGGUCUGGAAUUAAGUUUCUAACUAAAAGCAGGUUGUGAUGUCCUAGGCCUGUAUUUUUCCCAAACAAAGGUCAGUCUUUGCCUUAACUGAGCCUGUCUUUUGCCUUUUUUCGCAUGUACCAUAAUGUAGCUGAUAACAUUGUCCUUUGGGAUCUCGGAGCACAGGCGUGCACCAGAAGGGGGCCAUACACCACCCAUUGCUGUUGAUAUCCUGUUAAUUGUUGGCGACCCUGUACUCACCCACCUGUGCGAGAGAAGCAUGUGUCUGUUUUACUUUUGAUCUAAUCCCACACCUUCCCCCCUUUGCUUUUUGCCUGCCUCCCUAAUCCAUCACCAGUGGAUUUCAUGUAACCCUCUUACGGCUUCCCCUUGGAUUCUGAUACAUAAAGUAAGUGGUAAAACUGCCAUUUCCCGGAGCAUUUUCUGAAUCUGUUGAGAUUUUGCUUCCUGGCAAUUGUCAUCAUUUUGGCUCAAAUAAACUCAUAAAAAAA